AUGGAGAAUUUUACAGUUGUCCAGUUUGACUCUCUGAGUGCGACUGUUCAACAAAUUCUUAAGAUGGCGGCAGAAGAAAGAAAAAAAGCAUAUUGCCCGUAUUCAAACUUCGCAGUCGGUAGCGCUAUCUUAACAGAAAAGGGUGAUAAAAUUUACACAGGAUGCAAUAUCGAAAGUGCAACGAUGACGCCUUCCUUAUGCGCUGAACGUACAGCAGUAGCAAAGGCCGUGUCUGAUGGAUACUCCAAGAUCCAGACCGUUGCCGUAGUCGCUCAUCAGCAGAACUUUACCGCACCCUGCGGCGUGUGCAGACAAAUGCUUAGUGAGUUUCGUAGUUCAAAUGGUGACAUCGAAAUCUUCCUGAGUAGACCUAGCCUGGACGAAGUGCUGCAUACGUCAAUAUCAGAAUUGUUACCGCUAGCGUACGUUAGCUUUAAAGAAGAUAGUUUACCGUAA